ACGUCCGCAACCUCACCAGCCCACUGGUUUAAACCCUGCUUGGUUCGGGACCACUUGCUCGUUUCACCUCUCAUUUCUCGUCUGCAUCUCUGGUCUACCGGAUUUAGCUCCAAUAGCUCUAUAACUUAGUGUAUACGGCAAGACCGUAUGGCUAUCAUGAUAUCUAGAUUCACUAAGGCGUUUAUCUUCAUCGUUCUCGGACUCCUCCUCUUCUCGUCCCUUACAGUCCUUCACCCACCAUCUCAUGCAUAUUUUGACCCGGCCACCGGCUACCUCUUUGGUGACGGCGGCGUCGAGCAAUCACUCCCUCGCAUUCAGAAUCCUCUUCCGGGCUCCAAUGCGGAAUCGCAACGGGAUUGGGCCAAUAUCGGAAACUCUCCCUCACACGCUAAACCAAUCCUAGACUCUAAUAUCCCUCCCGUGCAUGAAGUCGAUAACCAUAUUGCUGGGGCGGUAGUGCCAGUGGACGAUGAGACGGUACACGGUGGGGUUAUUAUGGGCAAGCUUGGGAAUGCGACAGCUAAAGCUGCACUGGGCCGUGCGACUUGGAAACUCUUACAUACAAUGACCCUCCGAUACCCCGAGAAUCCUACUGAGGACGAACGUGCCGCGCUCAGCUCGUACAUCCAUCUCACUUCAAGAUUAUACCCCUGUGGCGAGUGCGCCGCCGAGUUUCAGAAAUUGCUUCAGCAGUUCCCACCACAGACAUCAUCCCGUCGCUCUGCAUCCCUAUGGCUUUGCCACGUCCACAACCAAGUAAACGAACGUCUCGGGCAUCCUAUCUUCGAUUGUGCCCACCUCGACGACGAAUACGACUGCGGUUGCGGAGACGACCCGGCCAUUACAACCACCACCGACUCCCCAGAAACAAGCUCAGGAUCAUCAGGUAACAACGGGAACGAGAAGACGAUCAUUCAAGUAGGUGAUGCAAUGCCUGGCAUCGGAGGCUUGAGCGAGAAGAAAGUAGUCUUGACGGAGAUGCACGUAGGCGGGACAGGGAAGGAGGUUGUUAUUCCUCCGGAGGGUGCAAGGGAUGUGGAUACUGGGGCUGAGAUGAUUAGGGGUGGACGAUAGGUCUAUUGGGAUUGAGAAGGUAUUGGGUGUUCCUUGACUCGGACCUGGUUCCGGUCCAUAUUAUUAUGAGGAUUUUUCUGCUGUAUGCAUGCAUCGUUUUCGCUGUCCCUGUUUUGCUAACUGAAAUGGCCACGUUCUUUGGUUUACGUCGUUCAUUUCCGCUCUGUACAUUAUACACUC